GUGAACAGGACAGCAGGUAUGGAUUCAAAAACCAAGCACCCAGGCAGAACUCACGGGGUCGGCAGAGCAACACCGGUUCCAACAGAGGGUUACGUGGGAGAACACAGAGCAACAGAAAAAGUUUCUCGAUCAUACGAUGCCCCGUUCAAGUGCUUCCACUCAGUAGGGAUGAUUCGCUCGUACUUCAGGCCAUCGACUGUUACAAACAGGCCUUAGAGAUCUCAUACGACAACAAUAAUCCAGCGCGCUACAAUCUUGGCUUGAUAUUGAGAUCGUGUGGAGACAUGCAGGGCGCCAUUAUGCAGUUUAAUAAAAUCAUUCGGUUAACUUCAGGCUCGGGAAUUAAGAGAGAGAAAAGGAAGGAAAAUCCAGAAUACCUAAUUACAGUGACGUGUGCGUACGAACAGGCCGGACUUUGCCUUCUUGACCUCGCAAAACAAGAUGGGACGGAAAAAGAAGAAAUGGAAAAGAACACUAAAGAUGGCGAGAAGAAAUUAAUGCAGGCGGUUGGUUUAGCCGCGACGUUGUCUAAUUUGGAUCCGGAAAUGAAGAACCACUACAAGGUCGUUUGGAACGCGUUCAGAACGCUAGAAACAAAGUACGAGGGAGCAGACGACUCACCGGAAAUCAUCAAGAAGUACCUAGAGCUCCUGAAACUCACGAGUCGAUUUGAGAAGAUUCCCGGAGUCAUCGAUAAACUUCGACGUUUA